AUUUCCAGUGGUGGACUACAGUAAAGUACAAAUGCAAGGGUUGAAUGAUACUCAAUGCUGACUUGCAAAAGAGGAUGAGAUAAAAGUGGGACAGCUGUUGGUUGCGCCUAAGGCAAUCCUUUUACUUUUGAAGCGUUCUAGCGUGUGUUCUAGCUCUAUAGAUAUGGUACUGUAUUGUGUUUAUGACCAGUGCCUUAUCCAGGAUUGGUGGGAUUAGGGUGUGUAAAUAUGGACAAACUGGGAUACAGACUAGCCAGCCCUGUGCAGUAAAGGGACAUUGCUAAGGUUCCUACAGCUAUGUUUUAAAAAAGUUUCGAGAGACGACUAUUUUUUUUCUAGAAGCCUUGAAAUAACCUCUGAAGCAUCUUGGACAAUCAAUAAUUUCGUUUUUAUUUCUAUUUUUUUUUCUUUCCAAAAGGGGCACUAAAAAUUCUCCUGUUCUCUAUUCCCAUAUAUUUAGACUUUUCUGUCUAGGCUGGAGUGGGUACGCACCUAUCGAGAACACUGCAACAACAGUGUACUCUUCCCCAUCCGUCGACCCUGGUUAUGGGCGAUUAUUUGUGGUACGUUGACAAAAAGCUGUAAAUGCAUGAUACAUUACAAUCCAGAAAACAUAUUGAAUAGUGAUGGCAAACCAGGGAAACAAAUACAAAAGUUGCUCAUAACGAAACAUUCAAAUGCGUACCUAUGCAAAUGCGUACAGCUGUGCCCUUGUAUGUUAGUUGAUUGAUAUAAUGGUAACUACAGAAGGAAAAUAUUUUCUGCCAGAAAGUCGCUCCUAUACAACUGUACUAGAUUUUUUUUUUUUUUUUUAGAUUUUGGGUCAGCCAGGCUUGGGCUACACAAAUUCUCUAGUUAUUAGAAUUAGUAUUAGUGUUAGAAGGGAGGGGAACAUGUCCCCGGGUUAAAAGGGAGCGGAAGAUGUUCCUGGGUUAGCCGGGACACCGCUCCUCCCCAACCCCCACAUUUUUCAAACUUGAGGUGCCAUAAUCAGAAAUUUCUUACUCAGCCCCAACCAUUGUGGGGCUCAGGUGGGCCCAUAUUGUGAAUUCCUGGAUCCGGGGUCACUGAUAAAAAGUCAAAAUAUGGAUAAUACCAAUGUCAAGUAAUUUCGGGGAUUUUGAGAAAUCACAGUUGGGUCCAGGGAAAAAAGUGUGGGAAUCAGGGCCAUUGUAAAUCACAUUUGUGUUAUUCAUCCUUAAUGACAAUUUCAUUAAAAAAUUCAAAUUCAAUUCAAUUCAAAGACUGAAUGAGUCUAACUUUAGAAGUCAUUGGAAAUUAUUUUUAUCGCCAUCCUUUAUUGGUUGUACAGUAAUGAGAUUUCCAUCGCCAUGGUGACGAUUACGCUGUGAGAAGUUGAUAUGACACUAUGGAACUGCAUGACUUAACUACUUAACCAUUGUUAUCGAGAGUUGAUCCGCAAACAAGCUGUCGAGAGAGGUUACCUGGGCAGUAAUCGGACACUUUAGGGUGGAACCAGUGAAUCCUUAAUUGUAUUGCACACACCGUGUUGGCUCUGUGUACCUUUUGUACCAGCGGCGCGUUUGUCACUCUAUUGCCUCUUCCAUAUUUCUCACGGGCACCCUUUGUACCAGAAUUGUGUUUGUCUUUAUUGCCUAUUUAUCUUUGGUUGGGAAAAAUACACUACAACCGGCGCAACCGCAUAUCUUCAGUGUCUGCGAGGUUAUGGUGUUCUGUUCUGGAAGGCAAUGGUAGUUGACGUCUCCAGUUGGCUUGGAUAUACACACGGGAGGACCAAUAUCAUUUAUCUAAAUCGUGCGGCUCUGAGUAUUGACCACAAAGUGGAGAGACGCUCGCUGGACAUCCGCGUCCUUCAUCAGCACCUGCCGGCUUGCACGCGCCAACGACCAAUCAAACCCAUGGACACAGAUCCAGCGGCCAUACAGGUUCUCAAUUGUGCUUACGAACAGUUGUCCAUUGUAGUAGUCAACACUCAGCUGAAAGACACCGCAUGUCACCACGUGAUUAAUGAAAUUAUCAACCAUUGUGACGAAAGCAGUGAAGUUGAAACGAUUACGGUUGUUGCCGCCAUUCAUAUUGACGACCGGAAGUACGCACACAAAAUUAAGGGUCUUCACGAGAACACAUUUCGAUGCCCAAAAGUAACGCAAUUUCCUUCAUUACCGGACGACAUUCAUAUAUCGGAUCCGUUUAUGAAUACUCUACUGCAGUUUCUAAUAAUAGAAGACAUCCCAGCGAGAAUAUUUACAGUUCCCGGGUUCAAAUCCAUCGGAAAGCCAUCGACAGACGAUGGGUCAUUACAGAGUAUAACUGCGCUGCAGAUGGCCCUGCAUGAGUCUACCGCCCUCAACUACAGCAUUGAAGCUGCUAAGACAUUGGUCCUGGUUAGCGAAGCUCUGACUUUACCGUAUUUCAACUCAUCAUUAUGCUCAAAUCGUCUUCUCUUGUCGCUUUUCAAAUCAUCGAUUUUACAGGACUCUAUACGGUCGUGUUGUGACGGAUGCGGUUUCUGUUGUCAUAGAGGUGGAUUUAGAGUAUUUUUGUUUUCGGCACUCGGAAAUAAAUUUUUAUAUGACGCAAUAAAAAAAAAGUACUUAGUAUAUUAAUGUGUAAUAACAAUGAUGAUACUUUUACUUUUAUUAUUAAAAGGCUUAGAAAACUAAACAUGGCUUAACAUAUUGUUGUUGUUUAAUGUCUCCACAGCAAUUAACAAUUUUUGAGAAAAUGCCCUAUUUAACUGCUCUCCACACCACAUGGGCGCUUAUAAUAGCGCUUUGAGCACUACUGCAGUGGAUUUGUGCGCUUUAUAAAUCUUUUUAUUAUUAUUAUUAUUAUUAUUAUUAUUAUUAUUAUUAUUAUUAUUAUUAUUAUUAUAAUGAAUAUAAAUUAUUAUAUUCGAUUAUUACUUUUAACUCAUAUCUUAUUAUUCUUUUAUAUUUUGUUUGAUUUAUAUUAGUGUACCACAUUGCAUUUAUAUUGAAUUUAUUAUAUACCUGUUUUGUCUCACAAUUAAUGAAAGAA